UUUCCCGGUUUAAAAAAAAUGGGGCUGGGAUGAUAAGAGUCGACUGCUCACUUGUUGUGUUAAAAUCGUAUAAUAUUCGCUAAACAUUUAGUUCAAUGGAAGUGGACGACAGCAAAAAUUCAUUCUUGUUACGAAUCAUCGACAAUAUGGCGAAGCAAGGCAUGGCGAGUUUGUCUGGCGAGUCUGGGCCUCACGUCUCUCGUUACUUUCCUCGACCAUCGGUGCCUACAUCAUCUAAAAUCAAUACUGAAAACCUACCAGUUGGUCUCAUAAAUUUAGGUUCCACUUGUUGGUUCAAUGUUGCAGUUCAAAUUUUAUACCACAUUCCUGCCUUUCGACAAUUGAUUUUACAGUUUGUGCCUCCUCAGACUACUGUGCCAAUCCCGUCAAUGGAUGUUUUAGUUGGUCUUCAGGAACUUUUUGUCUCAAUCACAUUCUCCGAUGAAAAACUGAUUGAUCCAUCAAGAGCAGUGAAUUCCAUUGGAAAAUUACUGGGGCAAGGUCUGGGUCAACAAGAUGCCUGUGAAUUUCUUGGAGUGGUACUUAACAGAAUAAGAGAGAUCAACCCACAUGUAAUUGAACAAUUAUUCAUUGGAUCAUGUAUCCCAACAAAUUCAAUGGAAUCAUCAAGCAUCCAGCAUCAAGAAUUCAUGCAAUAUACUUUACAAGUAAAUGAAGAUGCUACCCUGUUGGAUUUAUUGGAACAGUCUCUCAAAAGUCAUUCCAGUUCAUUAAGGAUUGAUUCAGCUCACACUUUACAUUCCAGUUUGCCACUUGAACAUCCCAAGCAACUAUGUUUUAGCAAUCUUCCACCAGUAUUUUUAAUUGAUUUGUGUCGGCUGGUAAGCGGGACCAAUCCGACAGAAUUAAUUAAAUCCAAUCAUCAAAUGACAUUCCCAUCCCUAGUUUUUAUGGAUCGUUUUUUGUCUGAAAACUCUGAGCAAGUAUUACAACUCGAUAGAGUUCUUAAAAAUCUUUCUUCCACAAAAAAGGGACUUACAAAGCAAUUACGGUCACUAGCGAUUCUACACCAGGACGUGCCACAACUUAAAAAAUUAUAUGAAAACUAUCAAGAGACGGUAGGAGAAACCUCUGUUAAUUUUGACCUUUUGCGGUCUUUAAAUCUUACAUGGGAAACUGAAAUUCAAACAAAGAUGAAUGAACAUCGUCACCAAUCCCAGCAAUUAAAUUAUCAAUUAGAACAUAUUCGCAGUCGCAAAAUGCAUAUCUGCCGCCCAUAUCAGUUGCAUGCGGUGAUGGUCCAUGCUGGACAGUCAGAUGGCGGUCACUAUUGGAUCUACGUUUGGGAUAGCCAGCAAAAUCAUUGGUACCAUAUCGACGACAAAUUUACUCGCCAAGUAACCUGGGAUAUUAUAGUAAAAACAUCAUUUGGAGGUGCUACUCAAGAAAGUAGUGCUCAUUGCCUCAUUUACCUUGAUGUGCCUAAGACUUACUCACUUUUGGAUAUGAAAGAAGAAUAUGACAUUGGACCUAUGGACGUGUUGCGCUAUUUGAAAGAUCAUACUGAUGUACGUACUCGGCAUUCUGCUUAUGGCAAAAGCCAAACGAUUGCAGCCGUCCGCGCAACUAUUGCGGCUAAUAGUAAUGAAAUGGAUCCUUCUGUCUUACUUUUUCGAGCUUUAGACAGCGAGCGACAAAGAUUAUAUUCAGUUUGCCAGAAAUCCAUGAGUCAUAACGGAGAAGAAGAGCGAUUGCUGCAUUUUGGUGUUUAUUUGCUUGCUAACCAAGUAAAAUUUGAGCCUUUCGUUUACUGGGCUCUAUUACAGCAUUUUGCAAGCUUUGCUUUGCUAGCAGAAGAAGGAACUAGUCGUUUUUGUACAGCCGCACGACGUAUGCUGGCGUUUGUAGAGUGUUCAUCGACGCAAGAGCAGAAAAAAUUAUUCAUCCAGUGGAACACAGCUUAUUACCAGUUUCGCUUGAUCAUUCGCCAUGUGAUGAACGGAAUAACUCACGUCUUCAGCAGCAACUUUUCAGCUGCUGUUCCGUUGGCGGUUAAAUCUCUGUACCUGCAUCAUUGUCUUAUGAACAACUCAUUAGGAGGAUCUACAAUGAGUGUAAACCCGAGAAUCAUACACUCUUUGAUAGAAAAAUCCGUGACGUCCCUGAGUGAAGAACUCUUGGAAAGUGAUUUGGAGUCAGUUGGGGAACUAGCUUGCUCUGUCCUUUUUGAUGCAAUUAUAAACUGGUGUAAAUAUGCUGACGCCAAUCAUCUUGAAGCCGCCCGAUGUUCUUCUCGUCGGAUCUCCGAGAAUUGGAGUCGACAGGUGAAGCAUUAUCUUGGCCAUGCUGUGGAAUGCGCUACUGCUUCUGGCCUCCAAACAUUCGCAGAAAUUAAAAAAAAAUUGGGAAAAGUCGAGUUGGUGUUAAACCAAACGGGAAACGACGAACAAACAUCAUUUGAAUUCAAGGGGCAUAUUCCGGAGAGUCCUGAAGACGGCGAGAAGUUGGCGUUGAAAUGGAAACAAAUGUGGUUGAUUUGUAAUGAGCACCGUAUUCUUGGCCCUUAAUUCAAACUGCAAUUUGUGUUCUGUCAGGGGAGCCGCAAUAGUAGCUAACCAAUUCAGUAAUUCAAUAUUCGAAGUGAAAAUAUUUUGGUUGGUUGGCCUCAAGAAUGCUUACGUGUAUAUUAUAAUUUGUACGAAUAAAUAUCGAAAUUUUCUUCUAAAACUUUA